AUGGCGACUCCCACUAAGGAUACAACACAUUUCGAUGAUUUAUUAACUUGUUCAAUUUGUUUAGAAAAAUUCAAGAUUCCAAAACAUCUACCAUGUCUUCAUACGUUUUGUGAAUCAUGUAUCAAUACCUACAUUGUGUCAUCUCUGGAAAAGGGAAAGAUUACAGAGGGAUUCAAAUGUCCCAUAUGUCGAAAGAUUGUAUCAAAGGAAAUAGACCAGCUAGAAAUAUGUGCAGCCGUGUUGCCAACAAACCAUUUUGUAGCUUCUAUGUUGGAUAAACGUUCUAUGCAAAAGGAAGAAAAAAUGUGUGAUUCCUGUCAAAGCAUCCAGAGAAGAUCAUCGAUUUUUUUUUGUUUAGAUCAUUCCCAACCUUGUUGUACGUCGUGCGCUACACUUUCACACCGUAAAUGUGAAAAUGUAACUUCAAUCCAAAAAGCCGCUUCCGGUAUCAAACAGUCACCGAAAGCGUUAGGCUUAUCAGAACGGCUAAAAGACCAUUUCAAAAAUUUAAGUGAAAUUAUUGAUGAUCGAAAUGAAAAUUUAGCUAAUGUUGAUAAUUCAAUAGAAGAGAUUGCUACACGAGUGACUGCUAUCAAAAGGGAACUUUUACAUCAUAUAGACAGAAUAGAAGAAAGACUGAAAGGUGAGUUAACAUCAACCAAGAACGCUGUCAAAAACUGGAAAGCGGUGAUUAAUUAUGUUCUGGAACAUGGGUCCGAGCAACAGUGCCUGAUUGAAGUCGAUAAAAUUGAACCAGAGGUCUCUGAACUAGAAGGACAAUUGAACGACUUGAUAAAAAAUAUAAAGACAGUAUCAGUAUUAUUAAGUCCGUCAUCUAGCAUAGAUGAUUUUGAGAAGAAUACCAAGACCUUAGGAGGCUUUCAAGUUGACGAAGCACCAAAUAAUUUAUUUGGUAGUAAUGUCGACUUCCGAACCGGAAAUAUUAGGAUAGUAAAAAUUAUCGACGUUUGUAAUGGUGGAGGUUUUAGGAGUGGCAUUUUUGUAGGAGACUGUCUACUCUUCACAGUUCGUCCGAAGAAAAAAGUAGUGAAAUAUUCUGGCGAUGGUAAAAGCUUGCUUUCAGAAUUGGCCCUUCAAUGUGAACCUCAUGAUAUUGCUGUGAUAACGAUAAUAAACGUUGCGGUAUCAUCUUCGGAGAAUAUUGUAUAUAUAGUGGACAAAGAUAAGAUGACAUUUUUACAAACUUUGACAUUACCAGAGAUACCAGUAUAUGGAUUAUGUUUUGUAAAUGAAGACCAAUUCAUAACUGGUAGUGGUUCCACACUUACAUGGAUAAAUGUAUCAUCUGGACAAAAAGUGAACCAACGAAAGACAAAUGGUCAAUCGUAUUUUGUGUUAUCAAUUAAGCAGUCUGAUUAUAUUCAUGCUGACAGUAGAAGUAUCCAGUAUGUAGUUGGUAAUACAACAAAGUUUACAUAUACAGACGAUCAACUAAAUUGUCCAAGAGGGAUUGGAAUUGACUUUGCGGGAAACAUCUACAUUGCUGAUUAUAAUUCUAUGAACAUCCACCAAAUAACGAAAGAUGGGCAAUUAAUAAGAUUAAUUCCGGGGAAAGUCGUGGGAUUAUAA